AGCAACAGCAGCAACACGACGACAGCGCCACAAACAACAACACACAACAGAAUCAAUUUUUGUGUACAGUGCAAAAUAUAUUACAAAAUAAAACAAUACGACGAAAGGUUGCAAGCAAAAAAAAAAAAAAUAGUAAUUAAAAAGGCCAAGCAAAUAAAAUUGCAAUAUUUGUGAUUGUUCGAAGGCCUUUUUGUUUUUUUUUUUGGUUUCGUUUGUUUGUUGUUUUGUGUUGGAGCAGCAAGCAAAUAUUAUAGAAGAAGAAACUGAGAAGAAAAGUGAAAUCGAUUAAUAAACGCAAUAGGCAGCAGCAGCAGCAAUAACAACGACAACAAGAACAACUCAAAGACUUGGAUGGAAAAAGAAAAACAGAGUAAAAACAAGCUCAAAAUAAAAACAAAACGCAACAGCAAAGCAGAGAUUUAAUUUAAUGUCGCAGUUAAUUUGUGUGCUAGCAAGAAGAAGCAGCAGCAGCAGCAACAACAACACCACCAGCAGCAGCAGCAGCAGCAAAAACAACAACAACAUCAUCAGCAGCUGAGGCAGAGCAAAGCAAAGAAAAAGAACGUACGACGCAGACGUCGCAGCCUGCCUCUCUCUCACUGCUGUGUGAGUGCGAGCGUGUGUGUGUGCGUGGGAGAGCGAGCGAGGCAGCAGCAGCAACAAAGGAGAGAACAGUGUGUGCGCUCUUUUCGUUCGUUCGUUGAUUUUUUUUGUGUUUUUUUUUUGACACAAUUCAAACAAUCGCGAGCGGGGUGCGAGGUGCGGAAGCUUUGCACUUGAAAGUUUGUUUCUAAGCUCGACUUUGUGUUUGCAGCAGCGCGUCCCUGUGCGUGUGUGUGAGUGUGUGUGGGCGUCAACAGUCGACAGCGAACGAUUUGGGCGGUGGGCGUGUCAUUAUUGACGCAGCCAAAAAAAAAAAAAAAACGACGGAAAAAAAACGCAAGACGCAGUUUGUUUGUUGCCAGCCAAAAGAUAAAAACAACUCGAAUUUACUGUUGCUGCUGCUGCCGAAUGCAACAACAACAACAACGAGAGCGAGAAGAGGAAUAAGAAGAAGAACAGCACACAUAAUAAACACAAAAACGGCAUAACAAAAAAAAAAGAGAGCAGCAGCAACAGAAGAAAAAUCUGCAGCAGAGGACGCUAACACGACAACAGCUGAAAACAUAUGAUUUUUGUUUGUGUUGUUGUUUUUGUGCUCUCUCAGCAGCAAUAACAACAGCAGCAACAACAACAACGCAGCAGUAAUAAUAAUAGGCUAAGUCAAAGCUGUGGAACGAGUGGAAGAGGAACGAGUUAAACCAGUCGGUUGUUGUUGCUGCUGCUGCCUACCAAAAAAAAAAAGAAACAAAAAAGCAACCAAUUCUCAUCUGUUUCUUGACGUCGUCGUAACAACAACAACAACAGCAGCAGCGUCAAGUGUUGACAACAGCUGAGCAGUCGAGACAGUCUGUCUCCAACGUGAGAGAGACACAUUCACUCACAUCGCUUGCUCUCUCUCUCUCUCGUUCUGCCGUUCACUCCCGUCUCACUUUAGACGGAGAGAGGGAGAGGGAAAGGCGAAAGGCGGAAGGAAACAUCCCCAAAAGCCAAGCCAAAGCAUCGUCUUAAUACAGAGUAAUGUCAGCGGACUCGCCACGGCGCCAUCAUCAUCACAAUCAUCAUACAACUGGCGUUGGCAUUAGCGUUGGCACAGGUGGCAGCAGCGGAGGCGGAGGCGUCAGCAGCGGCGGUGUUGGAGGCGGUGGUGGUGGUGUUAAUUUGGGAUUACGCGGUGGUGGUGGCCACACGAUGCCCGCCAUUGUGCCACCUCAAGCAGUGAGCGAUCGUUCCAUUUUGGACUCGGCGAUUGGUUUCAUCAACGAUGUGACAUUGGUGCAUCAACCGCUGCAGGAUCCCAAGGACACAAUCACCUGGGCCCGAUUCGAGACGAGCGCCGAUGUGAGUGAUCCUCGCUUCGGCGAUGACUGGGAACUCGAAGGCAAUGCGGCGCCUCCCUUACUCCUGAUCCUCGGCUACGGUCUGGGUGUUCAGGUCUGGGCCAUACCCGCCAACGGUGAGGCUGUCGAGGUCUUAUCCUGGCGUCAUGGCGUCGUCACCGCACUCCGGGUGCUGCCCACACCGACCACAGCCGCCUCGGCUCUGGAUGAGACCGGACGUGCGGAUGAACCCGUCGAUGCAUUCGCCGAGAAGCGACCUCUCGUUGCUCUCGUCGAUGGCGGCAGCGCUGCGGCCAGCAAUCUGUUGUCAGGCGGUCCACAUGGAGGUCAUAUGUCCGGUGGCUCUGGUGCCUCGGCCGGAAAUCUGUCUGGCGGUGGCUCGUCGCACUUUAGUGCCGUCAAUUUCGUGUCACUGAAGACGGGCGCCCAGGUGAAGACGAUGAAGUUCAAGAAUCCUGUGCUGGACAUACAGGCAAAUCGAUCAGCAGUGGUCAUUAGCUUCCACGAGUGUCUCGCUGUCAUCGAUGCCCGCACGCUGGAGGAUCGCCUAACAAUUACCACCUGCUUUCCCAGUCCGGGCAUCAAUCCGAAUCCCAUAGCGCUUGGUCCACGUUGGCUGGCCUAUGCGGAGCACAAGCUGCUCCACACCAAGCGCAGCGGCGGCGGCUGCGAUGGCGAGGGCGUGCCCAGCUACACGGCAACGGUGCUAAAUGCGGCCAAAUCCUUUGGCAAAGGCCUUCGUGAGCUGGGCGAACAGGUGGCCGCCGGAUUGACGGGCACAAGCGCCGGCAGCGGCAACAGCUCGAAGAGCAGCAGCUUCGACUCGGCCACCGGGGGCGUGGAUGCCAAACAAUCGGGUGUGGUGACCAUCAUUGAUGUCAAGCAUCCCAUCAAGGACUACAGUCCAACGACGGGCACACCGUCGUCGUCGUCCCCGAGCAGUGGUGAUCCAAUUGUGGCGCAUUUUGUGGCGCACAGCGAGGCGCUGGUGGCCAUGGAAUUCGAUAGCUCUGGGAUGCUGCUGCUGACGGCCGAUCGUCGUGGCCAUGACUUCCAUGUGUUUCGCAUCCAACCGCAUCCGGUGGGCUCCAGCCUGGCGGCCGUGCAUCAUUUGUAUGUGCUGCAUCGCGGCGAUACCAGCGCCAAGGUGCAACACAUUGCCUUCUCGCUGGACUCGCGUUGGGCGGCUGUCUCCACGUUGCGCGGCACCACACACGUCUUCCCCAUCACGCCCUACGGCGGCGCCAUGGGCGUGCGCACACACACCUCGCUGCAUGUGGUCAAUAAGCUGUCGCGCUUCCAUCGCAGCGCCGGUCUCGGCGCCGACGGACGCUCCAGCUCACCGAUAUCGCACUCGGAGAGCACAACGUUUGUGCAAUCCCUGCAGCCGUAUCAUAAUCCCACAUUGCCCCCAUUUCCACGACCCGCUGUCGUCCAGCCGCUGGCCCAACUCCGGCAGCCCUUCACGCUUGGCUCGCCGCCUGGAAGUGCCACGUUGAGCGGCGUCGUCUCCGGGGGCAGUGGACAUCAUCAUCAUCAUCAUCACCAUCAGCAUUCGCAUGGCGGCAGCGGCGGUGGCGGAAGUUCACAUGGCUCCCAUGGCGUUGGGUCGCAUCAGCGUCAGCGUUUGUCCUCGCUCUCCGAUGACAGCGGCAAACCGUUGAGUGUCUGUGCCACGUUUGCCAAGUCGCGUUCAUGGCUUCUGGAGCCGCCGACGGCGACGCGCGAGGCACCGCAUCGAGUGCAGAGGAAGGCGGUCGAUUCGCUCUUUGUGAUGGCCGGACAUGGUGCGCUCAUUCAAUACGAUCUGGACACGAAGUUAGCCUCAAAUGUUGCCAAAGAGAAGAUUUGUGAUGAUACGCCCAUCGAGCUGGAGGUGGAGGCCAAGGCACAGUGGAAUCUGGGUCGACGCAAGGAUGGAUCUCAAGAAAUUAUACCACCGCUGGCGCUGGACAAUUGGCUGAUCAAGGAUCGCCAUGCCAGCCUGCUGAUGGACAGCGCUCAUCAGUUCGAUGAGCAGGAUGAACGCGCCGCCGAAAGCUGGUUGGCCCAGGUCGAGAUUAUCACGCACGCGGGUCCCCAUCGUCGUCUCUGGAUGGGGCCGCAGUUCGUCUUCAAGAACUACAAUACGCCCAGCGGCUCCAAUUUGAAUCACGUGGAUGCCGAAGCUGUGGAGAUUGGUGUGACGAAGACAACGACGACAACGUUGCCCUCAACGGCUGCCGCAUCGGGCGCCUCGUUGACGCCAGGCGGCGGUGGCGGCGCCGUUAUAACCGCCGUGGAGCGUUCCAGCCCCUUGAAUAUGCCACUGGGCGGGGCAGCUGUGGGCAGUGGCACUGCCACAGUGGCGACAACUGGACGUUCUUCGGUGCCAGUGCUCAUUGAAUCGGGUUCGUAUAGCAGCAUUGAGCAGAGUCCCAAGCUGAUGGAUCGCUUCCGUCACGGCCACUUGGACUCGGAUUAUGGACACGGCGAUAUGCGUCUCAAGGAGGAUCUCGCCGAUGCCAUGCGAGAGUCUCCAUCAACGGCUGCGGCGCGUCGUGAGACGGGCGUUGCAAUAUCCGAAACAAACAUCAGUUCAGCAUCAUCAGCAGCAACAGCUGCAGCUGCGGCAACAAAUGUGGCCACAAGUUGCGACAAUGCCUGCUACUAUGAUGCGCUGGCCGAGCACGAUGCGGCGGAUUACGAUGCCGAUGAGCAACAACAACAGCAGCAGGAUAACAACAACGAAACCCUCUCGACAUUGGCCAGCGUUUUGCCCAACAUCUGUAGCUACGAUCAGGCGCCAAGCAGCAGCAGCAGCAGCUCAGGGACAGCAGCAACUUUGACAGCAACCACGCGCAUCGAGAAGAUUGUGAAUCCGUUGGGAACGGUGACCGAUGUGCAUGCGGGCAUCAGCGGUGAACUGCAGACGGAUAUGCUCGAUGAGGUGGUCGGACAAUUGGCCGCCGAGGAUUGUGUUAUCCAUGAGAAUUGCGAUGAGGCGCUCUUUCGUCCGGUGGUCGCUAUAUUCUGUGAUGAGCUCGCCGAGCAGCGCAAGCAUGAGUUGCAGCUGCAGCAGCUCGAUGAGGAGACGGCGAGACGGGAGCGUGAGGCACGUGAGGAGCUCACAAAGCCACCCGUUGUGUUGGCCAAUAAACUGAUUGUCCCGGUGAUUGCCAAGGAGGUCGAUGAGGUGAUUGUGCAGAAGGAGAAGCAGUUGAAGAAGAAAUCGUUAAAGUCUCAAACAGCUGCCGAGGAUGCGGCGCAAGCUCAGCGUUUUGCCGAGCUAUCGCAUCUGAAUAAGCCAGGAAAGCAGUUGCAACCGGAGCAGCAAUCGCUUAAUAAAACUGCCAGCCAAUUGAAGCCACAAGCAACAACAUCAUCAUCAUCAGCAUCAGCAUCAGCAUCAACUGGAACAACAACAACAACAACUGCCAGCGAGGAUGAGACAUUUGAGGAGGAAAUGCAAACAUCGAUUAGCUCCACAGUGUCGGUAAAGUCCAGCAAAAAAUCAAAGGCCAAGCAAAAGCAACAGCAAAAGGCGGCAGCAGCUGCCACACAGCAACAACAGCAACAACAACAGCAGAAGGGCAGCAACAAGAAAGACAAAAAGCAACCACAACAGCAGCAGCAGCUAGAAAAAGAAAAAGAACCCGAUCCGGAUCCGGCUGACAGUUUGCUGGAGAACAAAGAGACAAUUGCAGCGGUUAUGAUGAGCAGCGCCAGCGCUCAAGGCUUAGCGUUGCAUGUGCAGCAGGAGGAGGAGGAAGCUGAGGAACCUACACAAACGGAGAAAGUAUGGGAACCCGAACCGCAGCCGGAAUUUGAACCCGAAGCUGCACCGGAGCCUGAACAGGAGCUGAAAGCGCUGAAGCUCAGCAAGCUGAAGCCGCUGGAACUGCAGGCGAAGAAGCAAACCGAGAAAGCAGAAGUGGCGAAGGAAGAUUUUCCACUAUUAAAGCCAAGCAAAACCAAGCUGGUUGAACCCGUAGAUCUCGAGGAAGUCAAGCCCGUUGAGGCAGAGGAGAAACAGGAAGUAAAACCCCUCAAGCAAGGCCCAAACAAGACCCAAAAGUUGCCGGCUGAGGAGCAGCUGGAACAGCAAGAAGUUAAGAGUGUCAAGAGCAAGUCGCCCAAGCAGAUGCAAGUUGAGCUCACCGAAGAGCAGCUAGAGGUCGUCAAACCUCAGGAUGAAGAAUGGGAUGAACCGGAACAAGAAGAACUAAAACCGAUAAAGUUAGCCAAGAGCAAACCCCUUAAACUGGAAAAGGAAGAAGAUGAAUUGCAGCCGCUGAAGGUAAAGAAAGGCAAAGCCAUGAAGCUGGAAGAUUUUCCCGAUGUAAAACCUGUGUUGGUUAAAAGUAAAGCUCUGAAACUCUCGGAACAGACGUCAGAGUCGGCGGAAAAGAAAUCGGAGGAACUGAAGGAUGAAGAUUGGGAUGAACCGGAACAAGAGGAAGUAAAACCUGUAAAGUUAGCCAAGAGCAAACUCGAAAGGGAGGAAGAGGUGAAGCCCAAGAAAAGCAAAGCCGUGAAGCUGGAAGAAUUUCGCGAAGUAAAACCUGUGCCGGGUAAAAGUAAAGCUCUGAAACUCCCGGAACAGAUGCCAGAGUCGGAGCAAAAGAAACCGGAGGAACUGAAGGAAGUCAAGCCGCUCAAACCAAUCAAAUUACAGGAUGACUGCGACGUGCCGAAACCCGUGAAACAGCAGUCGAAAAGCAAACCCCUCAAUCUGCAGGAGGAGCUGAAGAGCAAAGCCAAACUCCUGGAACCCGAGAUCGGGAAGUUAGGAAAGAGUAAGCCACUCAAUCUGCAGCAGCAGAGUAAGCUAAGCAAAGCCGAUGAGCUGCCCAGCUACAGUGUGAAUGUGCUUGAAAUGCCACCGCCAGCUGUGCCACCACCCAGCAGCAUGUGGAAGAGUUUCGAAAGCAGCAGCAACAGCAGCACCGCAGCAACAACAACAACCGCAGGGAAUGAUUUUCCCGACUUUGAUGACUUUCUGCUGGCCGCAUUGAAGCCGUUGGAAGCGUUGGAUGCAUUGCCGCCGCUGCCAGCGUUGGAGCCGCUGCAAGUGCUGGGCGAGGAUCAGCUGGCGGCCACACCGGAGAGUCUCAUCAAUUUUGAGAGUCCGCUGCAGGAGAAUGUGGCAAUGCCUCGGAAAAUAACGCCACCGCCUCGCGGUUUCACCGAACGCAAUCUAAUCAUGGCGCUCUGCGGUUCGCUGCACUACGAAAACGAAUAUGCGCAGCUGCUGGACAAGACAACAACAACAACAUCGAAGGCAGCAACUGUUGUUGUUGCUGUUGAGCAGGAGGAGGAGGAGGAGCACAACAAAUCCACAUCCACAUCGAACAAUUCAUCGGGCAGCGAGGAGUUGCUGCUCAUGGAGGAACCCAAAAGCAAAAGCAAGAAGCACAAGCGUGCCAAGACGCUGGCCAAGGAGCAGUCCCAAAAUGAUGACGACGACGACGACGAUGAUGAUGAUGAGGUGGAGAAGGAGAAGCAGCAACAGCAGCAACAAAUGGAUGAUGAGGAGCUGCGUCCGUUGAUCAGCAUCAGCAUGACCCAGGAGGAUAACAAUGACAAUGACAAUGCGCCACAAAACAAAACACUGCCCGGGGGGGACAACAACGACGAGGAUGAAGAAGACGAAGAAGACGAUUUGCUGCACUUUGCUCGCAGAGGUCGAGGCGGCGGAGGCGGAGGUGGAGGCGGAACAACCACAGACAGCGACGGUCCGUUGCCGGCAACCACCUCCGAUGAUGGGAUCUAUGCCAGCAGCUGUUUGCCAACAGUGCCGCAUAAGCUGAAAACCAAAAAGCUGGAGCAUAAAAUCAAUUUAAUUGCUGCCAUCGAGGCGGCCACCUCGUCAUCCACUUCAUCCGCUGAGGAGAGCAGCGUGGAGACCACAAAUGUGACCGGCGGACUAACCGGAGCAACCGAAUUGGAAUUGCCAGCAUCGGUGGCAUCGAUUUCAUUGCCUGUGGCAAGUGUUGCCAGUGCAUCGCCAGCAGUAGCAGCAUCAGCAGCAGCAGCAACCAGCACGCCAGCAACAGUUGGUGCUGCUGCUGUUGCGGCAACAACUGUGCUCGGUGUGGGCGUGUCCGGAGGUCAGCCGAGUGCCACAAAGAAGAAGACGAAGCGUCGCAAGAGAUAAGAAUUAGCAAUUUGUUUGUUGUGCGUGUUCAGUCUGGUGGUGCUGUGGCAUCUCUAUGCCAACAAUCCAGCCACCGAUGUCGUCGAGUUGCCACGCGCUCAACAGCUGCAACAGCCACAGCCACAGCUAGAGGCGCCACAGCAGCAGCAGCAACAGCAGGAGCAACAGUUGCAGCCAGCUCAAGUGCUGGAGCAGCAGGAAACGUCGAUGCACAGCAGCGCCACCUAGCGCAACAAACAGUACAACACAACAACAACAACAUCCCUCACUCUCUCUAUAUAUAUCUCUAUCUCUCUCUCUCUCUCCCUCUCUCUAUACGUGCCCCUCACUCGUAAUUUCAAAAACAAAACAAAAUGUUUAUAAACAAAACAAAAAAAAAAAAUAUGUGAUUUUCAACAACAACAAAAAACAAACAAAAAAUAUAUAUAUAUUAUAAUACGCGUAUUUAGCAACUCGUUUAAACUAAAAAAAAAAAAAAACAACAAAACCAACAAAAAAACUAUGGCUAACAAUUUUUAAGUGCAAAGGUUAUAUGAUGAUUAGCGAUUAAAAAAAAAAACACCCACAACAACAACUCAAUACACACACA